AAAAAAAUCCAGCGGCCGUCGCUCGCUUCCCCCGCCCCGCCCCGAUUCCAAACUUUUCGCCAAAGUUUCCCAAGAUUCGCCCGCAAGGCCGUAGUUCGAACCAAAGCGGCGAAGCGAAACCCACCGGCCACCGCCGAUUUCGUCAGCUCCCUCCUCCCCUGGACCCAAAAUUUUCCCCCAAAAACUCAAAUCUUGGAACCAUUCGCCCCCCGCUCGCUCCCGCAUCGGCUGCAGCUUACAUAUACCCAUGGCCACUCCCAUCCCAGCUCCAACUUCGCCGCCGAGCACCACCGAAAGCCAAGCCCCCAAGAGCGCCCGCCGCUCGUGCCCGCGAUGGCUGCCGGCAAGGAGAACGAGGCUCCUCCUCCGUCCGCCGUGGUCUCUCGGCGGCAGUGCUAUGCUGUCAAGAGCUGCGGGCUGAAGAAGCGGCCGGGCAGGCCGCGGUGGGUGGGGCGGGUGCCGCUCCGGGACAUCACCAAUCUGAUUGCGAUGAGCACUGCUGCCGCUGAAGCACCGCUGCGACAGGAGAGCUCGCCGCCACCUGCGGAGUUGGCGAAGCCCGGGGCGGUGCUGCCAGCGGUGACGGUGCAGGAUGGGGUUGCUGGUGGUGCGGUGGGGAGGGCGGCCAGAUACUCGCUCCGGAAGGAGUUCAGAUAGGCGUUGACUGUACAGUUGAAUAGGAGGCCAUGGAAUGGGCUGGGUUCUCGUUUCAUCGUCCAAUGGCUCAUUGGAUUUGAUUGCAUUGCAUUGGAUUGGUUUGUUGGUUUCUUCUUUUAUGUACUCUUGAUUAUAGGAAUGAGUUGUUAAGAAAGGGAAAAACAAGAUGAGAAAUGCAAAAUUGAUAGAUUGAUUGGUUUUA